GGUGCGCACGCGGCGGCGGCCGGGGCGGCCGGGCUGGGAGGGACCGGGACCGGGACCCCAUGGAGCGGCCGGGAUAAGCAUCCCGGGUAAGGAACGCCGGCAGGGACAGGGAUCCCAUGGAGCGGCCGGGAUAAGCAUCCCGGGUAAGGAACGCCGGCAGGGACAGGGAUCCCAUGGAGCGGCCGGGAUAAGCAUCCCGGGUAAGGAACGCCGGCAGGGACAGGGAUCCCAUGGAGCGGCCGGGAUAAGCAGCCGGGGCUGAACUGAAGCGGCGCUGGCUUUGCUGAGAAGCUGCGCUGUGUCGCUGGCGAGAUGUGAACCAGGACGCUCGACUUGCGCUGUUUCUGGCAAGGCUGGGGAGAGCGUUUGAGAUGACGGCAGUGGAGAAGGUGGAGGAGCAGCUGGCGGGUCUGCGCAUAGCCAGGCGCUGUGUGCCCAGCGAGGAGCCCGCCUACCUGCUGGACAUUGACACCUCCACAGCUGCCCAGCCCGGGAGCAGCCGCUUCGUGGCAGUUUCCUGUUCCAAUAAAUCCAUCAGGGUGUAUGACAGGGAGACGCUGCACUUCCUGCGGGAAUACAGCGGCCAUCCCGGGAUCCUCAGCGGGGUCAGGUUUGCACACGUGUGUGACAGUGUGGUGUUCUCAGCCUGCAGUGAGGGCACAGUGAAGUGCUGGGAUGUUCGCUCAGCCACGCAGAAGCCUGUGCAGGUGUUCAGUGGCUAUCCUUCCAAUGUCUUCAUCAGCUUUGACGUCAGCUGCAGUGACCUCAUUGUUUGUGCCGGAACGGAAAAAGUUGAUAAGGACACGUUUCUGGUGUUUUGGGAUGCAAGAGGCAUUACAGACUGUGCCAGCACAACUAAAGAACCCUUGGGAGUCUAUUCUGAAAGCCACAAUGAUGACAUCACUAAAAUCUGUUUCCAUCCUAUCCAACCCAAUUUGGUAGUGUCUGGGUCAACCGAUGGCUUGGUGAAUGUGUUUGACAUCAACAAGGAUAAUGAAGAUGAUGCUUUGAUAUCAACUUGCAAUUCAGAUUCAUCAGUGAGUUCUCUUGGCUGGUCUGGGGAAGAUUACAAACAGGUCUAUUGCAUGACACACGAUGAGGGGUUCUGCUGGUGGGACAUGGCUCAGCUGGACACCGAAGAACCAAUAACCCUGCUGCAUGUUCUGGAUGUCAGAGAGUCAGUCUGCGCUGAAAACCACGGCCUGCAUUACCUGGUGGGUGGCUUGUACCACGAAAAGGCAGGGAAACUCUUCCUGAUUGGGGGAACCUCCACAGGAAACAUCCAUGUGAUCAGCUGCAGCAGCGAUGGCCUGAGCCUGGUGGGGACCCUGUGUGGUGGACACUCAGCCACCGUCCGCUCCUUCUGCUGGAGCCCGACGGAUGAGUCUCUGCUGACGGGUGGAGAGGAUGCUCAGCUGUUGCUAUGGAAACCUGGAGCUGUGGAAAGGUCCCUCACAAAGAAAGCAUCUCUGAAGGUCUCUUCUUCUGUGCAGAAGAGAGUGAGAGUUCACAACACCUCCCUCAAAAGCAGGAAAAAGUAAAUUGCCUAAAGUGGGAAUCUCUGUUGUGUAGAGCUUUCCUGGUGUUUAAUCUCUAGGCAAUACUUGGCCAUGUUUUAUUUGGAGGUUUUCUGUGGAAAGAGCUGUGGUGCUUGAAUUCCCCCUGGGAAUGUAUUUCAGUCAUCAGAAGAAUGCCUUUUAUUUUUUUUUUUAAGUUGCUAAUAUUAAUCAGAAAAGAGUAAACAUUUUCUCCUGAGUUCUUGAACAACCGAUGUUAAAUCAUAUUAUAUAAAACUGUUUCUGUGGUUAUUUCAUGUCUCAGACAAUGUUUAAAAUACAUAAGACAGGCCUGUGGCUUGCAUAGUUUGUUACCUUUUCAAUGAUAUUCCCUGGCACAUUUUAAAAGCUUUUGUAUUCCAUGCUGUAUUUUGCUUUCUUCACAGAAAACUUAAUGAAAUUGCUCAAUUUAGUAAAAGAUUUUAUGUCACAUCUUAA